GGUGGCGUACUUGGCUUUCAGAAGAUGCUGUCGAAAAUCCUGACCCGCCGCCCUGCGCGCCUCGUGGCUCGCGCGGCCUUCUCCACGGAAGCUCCUGCUGCUGCCCCCGCUGCCGCUGAUACCGCCGCUACAGGUCCCACCUCGACGAAUGUCAUUGCCGAGCACUGCAUCUCCAAGGCAAACAAAGACACGGACGUCAACAAGUUUUUCGCCUUGACGGACGAACAGAUCAAGAAGAACUUUCCUGCAGGCCUUCCCAAGCGUAUCAAGGAACUGUUUGAACUGGUGGAACCGAACAAGCACUUCAUGCUGCGUAAGCCUGUGGCCACCAUUUUGUCUGCCAUGUCCAACUUUCCCGAAAGCUGGCCGGAACGAUGGCCCGAGAAGGCCUUCGUCUUGGAUGGCGAGCGCGGCACCGGCAAAACUGUGUCGUUGAUCCAAAUCGUCAACUUUGCCCGUGAAAACGGCUGGAUCGUGCUGCAUGUGCCUCACGCCCGGGCGUGGAUCCACGAAGCUCCAUAUGUGACCAAGUCUGCCUUCCACGAAGGCAAGUUUGACAUUGACGUGGUCGGCGCCGACAUCUUGAAGCAGUUGAUUCAAUGCAACGGCACGCAAUUGGCAUCGCUGCCUCUCCGUGGCGACUAUGGCGAUGCGUACUACCCGCGCUCGUUUGUCAAGAAGCCUAAGAGCGCGUCGGAAUACAACAAGUCCGACUUGACGCUGCUCGACAUUUGCGAAAGCGGGCUCAAAGACGACCUGCUCACGUGCAAAGCGGUGGUGGACCUCAAGGCGGAGCUGGCCCAAGUGACCGAGUUUCCCGUGCUGAUUGCCAUUGACGAGUACAACGCGUGGUUCCAGAAGACAGUGUUUGGGUACGAAGGGGUGCCCGUCAAGGCCGAGGACAUCACGGUCAUCGAUGCCCUGCGUGACGUGGAUGCGUCCGGGUACCGCGCCGACCGCAAGCUCGCAAACGGGUUGUUUAUCGCGGCCACGACGGAGAAUUACCCGACGAAAUAUGACUUUUCCAAGCAGGCGUCGUACAAGCGAGUGCGCAAGCUGUUGCACCCGUACACGCCGCAAGAGCUGACGAGUUUGGUCGACUACUUUCACGCGAUCAACUUUCGACAAAGCAAAUACUCGGACAAGGACGUCGUGUUCCUCCGCCUUAUGACCAAGGGCGUGCCGUUGAAGGUGUUCAAGCAAGCGUGUAUUUUGUAAUCCAACAAUAAACACAGAACAACCCAUUGCGUAGCUGUUCAA